CCCGGAAGCGGAGGGACGCUUCCGGUGUGGGCAGCGUGGCUCCCUGAGACAAGAUGGCGGCGCCCUUGUCUGUCCAGCUGGAGUUCGGAGGUGGAGCCGAACUCCUGUUUGAUGGGGUGAGAAAACAUCAGGUGAAUUUGCCCCAGCAGUCCGAACCUUGGAACCUCCGACAUUUGCUGACGUGGAUCAAAGGGAACCUGCUGAAGGAGAGGCCUGAAUUAUUUGUGCAAGGAGACUCUGUGCGCCCAGGAAUCCUGGUGCUUAUUAAUGAUGCAGAUUGGGAGCUGAUGGGCAACCUGGACUAUCAACUGCAAGACCAAGAUCACGUGGUUUUUAUCUCCACCUUACACGGGGGUUAGGCCCCACCCCGCCGGGGGGGUGGGGGGAAAUCCCAAAACAGCAAGAACAAAACCAAACAGCCUUUCGGCUAAGCCGACUUCGUAAGAAAGCCCCCAAAAAUUUUUUUGGGGGGAGAGUCUGGACCCUGCAGGGUUGAAUCCCAGCUUUGGAUGGGAAGAACGUAACCCUGGACCGUUUUCUCUUGGGCUGUGGGUCGGGCGAGCCCCCACCUCCCGAGCCAUUGUUGACUCUUGAGAAAUGAGGGAAACCAGAGGUCUGCAGCUGAGCCCCGUCGUUAUUUGCAGUGCCUGUUUGCUUUCAAGUGAACAAGACGCCGCCAUGUUCUUUCUCUCUAGCAGCCAGGAGAGACAAUCCCAGGGCUGGGAUGAGAUAAAGGCAGGGAGGGACCUUCUCCGCCUCUGAUCCAGCCUUCCAGGCCUUAGGACCACAGCACCCCUUGGCUUACCCCUCCGUUUGAUCCGCAGGCCUCCCAACCGGCAUUUCGGUAGCCGAACUGAAAGAUUACCUGUGCCAGCCCACCUAAAAAAUGCUUGCUUUGAAUUUAGGGUGGUGCGUUAUGCGUGUGCCAAGGUUGUGCAAAAAUCUGGACUAGUCUAGUGUCUCCUGCUUGUGCAGGGGGUUGGACUCUGGUUAUUCUUAUUCUGAUUCCCCCACUUGCCUUUCUUGUACCUAUAUUUUAAAUAAAUAUUGUGCAGAGCUUUCUUUGCUAAUAUUUCACCUACGAA